GCGUUAAUUAUAAUACCAACCAAUAUGUUCCCGGGUGGCAACACAAAUGCCGAUCUGGGCUAUAACAAACACAAUCAAUAUAUGGCGCAACCACCACAUUUUCUAGUUGCACCAGGUCCCGGGCCUGUUCCAAUUCCCGGUCCUGGAGUCGCGAAUCCACUAGCGGCUGCAACGCCCGUCAUGCCAAUGAAUGUGCAGGGAGGCAUAGACUGGGCGCAACUAGCGCAACAGUGGAUACACAUGCGUGAUUCGUCAGCUGCGCCACCCAUGGCUAAUUUUAGCAUGAACAUGCCGAUUGCACCUCCGCCACCGAUCAUAAGCAAUGCACCAGAGUAUCAUCAGCAGCAACAGCUGCGUCCGCAACAGCCAAAAGUUCAAAGACACUACGAGGAACACGGCGAGGCGGAAAUGGACAUGGACAUGGAUGAGGAAGAAAAUGAAAAUAUUGCACGCAUGGCGCAUUGCAUUGAAAAUCUUCCCCCUCCGCCUGUAGUUACGCAAUCCCAAUGGAUAACAGGCAGAGUAAAUGAUAUACCCAACAUUUCAUCCCACAAUACGGUCGCCACAGACAGCCAACAGUGGAAUGAUUGGUCUACACGCAGCAAUCCAACAGCCCAUAUUCCAUCGCUUUUGAAGCUGAACGUUUGCAAUCCGAAUGAGCCAGCGGUGCAGCAGCAGGCACAGCUUCCUCUGCCUAGGAGCAGCAGCUCCACCAACGCGGGCAGCGGCUACAGUGGUACCGUCAGCAGCGACAUUGAUGCCAACAAACGCAAAAUGUUACCAGCUUGGAUUAGAGAGGGUUUGGAAAAAAUGGAACGCGAAAAGCAACGACAACUAGAGCGACAAGCCCCCACGUCGGAAUCCGAGACGCCAGAGAUCAAAGUUAAGCAAGUAUCAAGCAAAACACUAACAACAACUGUUAAUCUCUUGAACAUGUCGAAUGUGGCAAGCGACAGCGAAGAUUCAAUUGCUGCUCCUGUGGAGGCAACUCUUGCGCCAAGCCUGGCUCAUCUAAUAGGUAAUGAAGUAUUGAGUAAGGCCAGUAACAGUGAUGAUGAACAGGAAAGCGACGAGGAGCUGGAAAAUCAGCAACAGCAUGAUGCAGACAGUGGACAUGUUGACGCAACAGUUGCAGGGUCAGCCCAUGCUGAAGCAGCAUUAAGUGGUAAAAACUACGAAGAAAGACUUGCGGAUUUGAUGCUUGUUGUGCGUCGCACACUAACCGAAAUACUGCUGGAAACUACCAAUGAAGAGAUUGCAGCUAUUGCUACUGAAACACUCAAAGCGCAUCGCGCUAAAGCGUCAUCAGCCCAAGUGAUUCGCAAAAGCGCCUUGUCCUCCAUUACCGGCAACCUGGGAUUAGCUGUCUAUGGCGAUUCUUCAAGCGAAAGCGAUGAUGACAAUGCUGAUGAUAAUGAUGGCGGUCAAAAAGAUCGUGGUGAUUCAUCGGUGGACAAUACUAAUGACCUUAGUGCGGACGAGUUAAAGACGCGAAUACGAAAAAGUAAGCGUGCUUUCGAGAAAGUCAUUGAUGACAUCGAGGAGCGUGUGUUGCUGCAGGAGCAAUUGGAUGAGCGAAAGCUGCAACAGCAUCGUAAGCGCGAAUUGGAGCAAACGGAAGCUGCCAGGCAGUCUGCUCACAACGAACAUCGGCAAGCAGAAGCUCCUGAUAAAGCAGGACAUGAAACAAAGAAUGCUUCAACCAGUGACAGGAUGCAACAAUAUAAUGGAAAACGCAUCAGUCGCAAAGAACGAACAACGCGCUUUAGCGACAACAAAGAUGGCAAACAAGUCCAGAGCUUUGUCAGCCAAGUGGUUGCAGUUCCGGCAGUGCAGACCAGCAUUGCUCCCCAGAAACUAAAGCCGGUUCCAAAUCCGGCCACCAAUUUGUUGCAAAUGCCUGAAACUAUGGCUACCAUACUAAACGCUGCGGAUAAAGCACUCGACAAAGUAAACAUAACAAAAAAAUCAAAAAGUGAACGUCGUCAGUCAUCGUCAUCUUCAUCGUCCAGUAAUAGCGAGGACAGCAGCAGUAGUAGCUCUAGUAGCGAUAGCAAUUCCAGCUCCAACACUUCAAAGUCCUCCAGCAACAGCGAAGACAGCAGCACUCGAAGCAGCGCUGCUGUCAAGAAACACGGCAAGAGCAGUCGCCAUCACAGCCGAGGCAGCAGUAGUCACAAGCAGCAAAGUGAUUCCGGUCGUAAGAGCCAUCGCAGGGGUCCAAGUACCAGCAGCACGCGCAACUACGAUCGCCAUCAUAGUAGCCGCGAAAGUCGUGAUCAUCACAGUAGUCGAGACAGUCGUGAUCAUCACAGUAGUCGAGACAGUCGUGAUCAUCACGGUCGUAUACGUGAUCGUGACCGUGAUCGUGAUCGUGAGCGUGAACGACGUGCAAUUGAGUAUAGCAGACAGAACCGUGAGCGGCGAAGGCGCCGAGAUUCCAGUCAGUCGACAGAGGAGAAUGCCAGCGGUAGCUAUCGACGCAAUUCGCGUCACAACAGCAGUCGCAGUCACCAGAGCAGCAGGAGUUAUGGCAAACAUAGAAGGAGAACUAGAUCCCGCUCCAAUUCACGCAGCACACACAACUCCCAUUCGUCCGUCUCCACCUCCGCUUCACAUCAGAUUCGGAAACGCAAGUGAAUCUAAUACAAAUUUAGUCUUCUGUUACUGAUAAUAUUCUUUAAUCAAGCUUAGAAAAUAUACAUAAACUAAUAAAGUGGUGUUAUACUUAA